AUUUACAUGCAGAUUGAGAUGUCUAUAUGGUUGGAUAAUAAAAAGAAAGAGGAGACUAAGAAAGCUACUGAGCGAGAGAUAGAGUUGUGGAUGAAGAACAAGAAGCUCCCUCCCAAUAUAAUGCGGCGCGUCAUGCCCCACGUAGGACACAUGAUAGGAGAACGGAAAGAUAUUGAUGCCAGGAAUCCUCUCCCACAUCUUCCCACAGAAAUUACAAAGGAGAUUCAGCGCUAUAUGGGUGGGCCACUACUAAGGAGUAUGCAGAUCUUUACAAAGAUGGACGGACAGCUGUUGGAUUCAAUGUGUGACCGUUUCAUGCCAGUGUUCUACACAGAAAAAAGCUACAUUGUUUGGGAGGGAGACCGAGUUGAUGAGAUGUUCUUCAUCAUGCGAGGCACCCUAUUGAUCACGACAAACAAUGGUGGAAGAACGGGCUUCUUCAAAUCUGAAUAUCGUAAGGCCGGUGACUUCUGUGGUGAAGAAAUUAUUACUAAUUGGGCUUUGGAUCCCCACUCCUCAACCAAUCUUCCCAUCUCAACUAGAACGGUCCAAGCCCUUACAGAAGUUGAAGCCUUUGCUCUAAAAGCCGACGACUUGAAGUUUCUAGCCUCUCAGUUCGAGCUCGGUGGCAAGCAACUUCGAGACACUUGCAGACGUCACUCUCCUGAUCAAUGGAGGAAUUGGGCAGCUUCGAUCAUACAGGCAGCCUGGCGCCGCUAUAAGUCUCUUCGGGCAAAUAAGGAGAAUAGGUUGCAAGAUGCUUUGGCCAGCUCGCUAAGUUUAGGUGCCGCCAUUUAUGCCUCACGGUUUGCUGCUAAUGCACUUCGCACACGGAAGGAAAGGGUGCUAGAGAGAAUUCCACCCACCCACGUUGCUUCAAAAACCAGCAGAGCCCGAUUUUAUAUUGAAGAACAAUAAGUGUGUAAGAAAUUCCUUAAUGAAGUGUGUAAAGACAAGUGUUGCCCAUAUGCCACGUAAUA